AACCAGGUACAAGCUAAUACUCAACAAUACUGAUGCCUUGUUUUUUUUGCUCUGUCCGGACCGCAACGCUGUAGCCAAUUUAGAUAUGCUAUAAAUUUAAGAGGUUGCCAUGGCCACGUUGCGCCCAUUGGCCGCUGGGCCCCCUACGUGCAGCGCCACGUCACCAAAUCUGAAUAAGGAUGCGCGAAUUACGCGGCGACCAGACAAAGAUGAGGAUCCGGACCGCUUGAAAGUGGGGGAAAGUGCCGGCGCCUCCGCCACCGGGGAAAGCCGCUCUGCAGCGCCGAGGCCAGCAGCCACCCGAGAUACCUGGUGAAGCCCGGAACAGGCGCCGGGGCGUGCGGCCCGUGGCAUGAGGGUGUGAACGCCACCCCCGCCACCACCACCCCACUCCGGGCAGCCCAGCGCCAGGCCAGCGAUUGCCCAAGGACUUGACCGGCUGAGUCUUGGUCCGGACCAGACUCGCCCUGCAGCUGCUGAGACAAGAGGCGAAGGGCAGCGGAGGGCCCGGCAGGCCCGAGGGCCAGGGGCCCAAAGGGAGGGCAAGGCGGCCGAAGCCGCCGGGGCGCGGGGCUAUGAUGGUGCACUGUGCCGGUUGCGAGCGGCCCAUCCUCGACCGCUUUCUGCUGAACGUGCUGGACCGCGCGUGGCACAUCAAAUGUGUUCAGUGCUGCGAGUGCAAAACCAACCUCUCGGAGAAGUGCUUCUCGCGCGAGGGCAAGCUCUACUGCAAAAAUGACUUUUUCAGGCGCUUUGGCACCAAAUGCGCCGGCUGCGCGCAAGGCAUCUCGCCCAGCGACCUGGUGCGCAAGGCCCGGAGCAAAGUCUUUCAUCUCAACUGUUUCACCUGCAUGGUGUGUAACAAGCAGCUGUCCACCGGCGAGGAGCUCUACGUCAUCGACGAGAACAAGUUCGUGUGCAAAGAUGACUACCUGAGCUCAUCCAGCCUCAAGGAGGGCAGCCUCAACUCAGUGUCAUCCUGUACGGACCGCAGUUUGUCCCCAGACCUCCAGGACGCACUGCAGGACGACCCCAAAGAGACGGACAACUCGACCUCGUCGGACAAGGAGACCGCCAACAACGAGAAUGAGGAGCAGAACUCGGGCACCAAGCGGCGCGGCCCCCGUACCACCAUCAAGGCCAAGCAGCUGGAGACGCUCAAGGCUGCCUUCGCCGCCACGCCCAAGCCCACGCGCCACAUCCGCGAGCAGCUGGCGCAGGAGACCGGCCUCAACAUGCGCGUCAUCCAGGUGUGGUUUCAGAACCGACGGUCCAAAGAACGCCGGAUGAAACAGCUGAGCGCCCUGGGCGCCCGGAGGCACGCCUUCUUCCGGAGUCCGCGGCGCAUGCGUCCGCUGGGCGGCCGCUUGGACGAGUCUGAGAUGUUGGGAUCCACCCCGUACACCUACUACGGAGACUACCAAGGCGACUACUACGCGCCGGGAAGCAACUACGACUUCUUCGCGCACGGCCCGCCUUCGCAGGCGCAGUCCCCAGCCGACUCCAGCUUCCUGGCGGCCUCUGGCCCCGGCUCGACGCCGCUGGGUGCGCUGGAGCCGCCGCUCGCCGGCCCGCACGCCGCAGACAACCCCAGGUUCACCGACAUGAUCUCGCACCCGGACACACCGAGCCCAGAGCCGGGCCUGCCGGGCGCCCUGCACCCCAUGCCCGGCGAGGUGUUCAGCGGCGGGCCCAGCCCGCCCUUCCCAAUGAGCGGCACCAGCGGCUACAGCGGACCCCUGUCGCAUCCCAACCCCGAGCUCAACGAGGCCGCUGUGUGGUAAGGCCGCCGGGCCGCCCCCCGCGCUCGGCCCCCAGGGCCCCGCCCCGAAGCAGCCUCCUGAAACCAAAACGCCCGACGCGGACGCCGACGCGGUGGGAGACGUGGGUGUCCCUCGGGGGUUCUCUCUCGGGUCCGCACUCAACUGGCAGCUGCUCCUCGGCUGGGCGCCGAGGGGGGGCCGACCCCCAGCUCCAUCCCGCGGGCUCUCCAGGAGCCUCAGCCCACCGCCAGCACUCUCCCAGCAACCGCGAACAAUUUCUUGGGACCAAAGUCAAUACUCCGGAAGGUCAAGAGAUUUCGAGCACGCUCUAGACUUUCCCUGGGCCCCUACCCACCCACCCAGCCACCGCCACCUCUUUGGACUGAGAGAGGGUGAGGCCAAGGGGCGGAGACGGUGUUUUUCCCUCUCUCUGCAAUCUGAGUGGCAUUUUGUAAUCUUAUUUCUCGCUGUGCUUUCCCCGUCUUUAAAAAAAAAA